GCGGCGGCGGCGGCGGUGGCGGCGGCGGCAUCGGCUCUCGCUCUCGCUUCCUUCGCCAGCAAGCCCAAGUCGGUCGGAGCUCGGCCCUCGCUCGCCCACGGAGGAGCUGAGAGCGAGCGCCUCCUCCCGACCCCCGAGGAUGAUAAACACCCAGGACAGGAGUAUCUUACCUUUGAGUAACUGCCCCCAAGUACCGUGCUGCAGGCACAUUGUUCCAGGGCCUCUGUGGUGCUCCGAUGCCCCUCACCCACUGUCGAAGAUCCCCGGUGGGCGAGGGGUUGGCAGGGAUCCUUCUCUUUCAGCUUUGAUAUAUAAGGAUGAGAAGCUCACUGUUAACCAAGAUCUUCCAGUGCAUGAUGGGAAACCACAUAUUGUCCACUUCCAGUACAAAGUUACGGAAGUAAAGGUCUCCUCCUGGGAUGCAGUGCUAUCCAAUCAGAGUCUUUUUGUGGAAAUUCCUGAUGGCUUAUUAGCUGAAGGGAGCAAAGAAGGAUUAUUAGCGCUGUUAGAAUUUGCUGAAGAGAAAAUGAAAGCAAAUUAUGUCUUUAUUUGCUUUCGAAAAAGCAGAGAAGACAGAGCUCCGUUACUGAAGACAUUCAGUUUUCUGGGUUUUGAAAUUGUGAGGCCUGGUCAUCCUUGUGUCCCAUCACGGCCAGAUGUGUUGUUCAUGGUCUACCCCCUGGAUCAGGUCUCUUCCGAUGAUGAUGAUGAUGACGAUUAGACCUAGUGCAGCAUUUCAGUGGGGCCUGGACAUGCUUCAAGGACGAGAGGGGGCUAAAAGGCCUCUUCUGAGGAAAGGGAAAACAAAAUUCUUCUGGACUGAAACUGCAUUUCUUAUUGUUAGAGUGACCUGUAUAUCUUCUGAGUUGACUUUUCCAUUGAAAUGUGUUACCUAGCGAAUAAUAUAAAGUCUGCACAUGUAAUUGCACAAUAGUAAAUGGAAGGUAAAUGGAGGUCUGGGGCCCGCUGUUAAGCCUAGCGAAGACAUCUGCCCGGCCACCCGGUGGCUACGGAGCCCACACAGACGGAGAGAGGGAGAAGCCUCAGUUCCUUGUUACAUACAUGUUGGGCUUAUCUAUUAGUUUGGAUAUUUGGCUUUCAUUUCAAAUGCAUAUUUAUAUGUUCACUCAGACUCUUAAGCAGGGGGAUGUUUUGAGUGUGGAAAUAUGAGGAACAUUCGCUUUUCCUUUUCUUUUCUUGGCAAAUAGAUGAUGGCACCACUGGGUUAACCAAUACCUCUAGGGUUCCGAGAAACUCUUUAUCCUCUUUCUGGCUUUAUUAGGUUAGUAUUAACUCUAGCGCAGCUUCAUUGAGGAGGAGGAGGAGGAGGGGGAGGGGAUAAAAGAAGGGUGCAAAGCUGGCCUUGCUUCUGAAGUGCGUUGCCACCCUUUUCUGGGGAAAUGGAGAGAGAAUCAAGUCAAAUCAAGCUCCCCCUCCCUUUAUUUUUUGGAAGACUGUCUGGCCCCCACACUGAAGUCUAUGGAUUCCGAAAAACCUUAGGCAACUUGAUUUUGACACUUAAUUAGACUUCCAUCUUAUGCGUCCUCAAAAUGCAUCGGAGACGUUUCCUUAAAAGUAAUUCAUGUAAUCGAGAUCUCCUUUCCUCAUCCUUCCUUCAAAUGCCCCCCUGGGAAUAUUAGAUGACUGCUAUCAUGCUUUCUUUUAAAACAGCCAGUUCCUUCAAACUUCAUUCACAAUAUACAAUUCUAAAAACUCUUCUUUGUCUUAUUUACUUGUGUUAUUCAAAGCACUUUUCGCUUCUUUGGCAUUCAUCUUGUGCAAAAUGGGAGCCAUCUGGCUAUCAUGGAAGGGAAACCCUAAAAAAAACCCCAAACACCUGGGGAUGCACCAUAAGCUGCUGCCUCUUUGGAGGAAAUUCUUCUUAGUAUCCAGUUAUAGUCUGUCUGUGUCUUGAUUUGCCUCACUGCAUUUUAGGGCAGCAUAAGUUAUUUUUCAGCCUUUUAAGCGCCUGCUGGUUGGAGGGGAGUAUCUCAUAUCAGAUCUUUGGCUGGUUUCUGUACCGGGAUGGGGGCAGGGAGUGGGGGACAACAUAGGACUGAUUAUCAUGAGAAUAAAACAAAACUCUCUGCAUCAUCUCACAAUUUUUGCUCGUAAAAUGCCAGAUCUCACAACUGCAGGCUUUAAUAUUAGCCAUAACCUGAACAUUUAUUGCAGUAACCUAUUGAUAAUGGAAGGGAAAAAAGAUAAUGGAAUAGGUAGACAAUGGAAGGGAAGAUACUCCUCACAUAGGUUUGUCAUUUAGGGUUAUCUGGCUAUUUAAUAAGCGAUUUAAUCUGCACUGUCCAGUUAAUGGAAAACCAUCUUGUGACAUGAACCAACAACUCAUUGAGCCAAGAAUUAUACACCAGUUGGACAGACUACCAGCUGGUAAAGUUGGCUUCUACAUUCACCACACCUUUUGACUGAUGAGGCUACUUCUCUGUCUUUAAAUUUAAAUUCUUGAAUAUAUUGCCCUUGCAAAUUAUGACAUCUAAAAACGAUAUCUCACUUGUUCUGCUUGCUUUCCUGGCUGUGGCCAUCAUAGGCCAGCUAGAUCCUAAAUUAUACUGGCCUCUUAACCUUUAAAAUAUUUGUGCUUACUGGUUUUUUCCAGAUUUCUAGCCUAUAUAACAGAAUUGUAGCUUUUUAAAUUCAAGCUUCAUAAUGUCCCCAUUUUCUUUUGCUUCAGUGUGUUACAAGAACUGCUUUUCAGUUCCUUUCAUCCAACUCUAAUUAAUCUUUAGAGGGACAAAAUCAUAUUUAAAGACAUUUCUACAGAACCCAGGAAAUAGUUCAAUAAAAUUCAGAGUCUUUGAUCAAGGGCUAUUCAAAAUGCAAUUUUUGAGAAAAAGGGAAAAAAUUCUUCUCCCCAUUGUUACAUUUACAAGCUUGUUCUAUUUAGGAAGGUACAUAUUUGGCAGAGAAUAAAAAUAUUCACUAGUGCUACCAAAUUUUCUUCCCCUCAUUUGUUACUACCGGUAUUUAUCUCGUUCCGAGUGUAGGAAAAAAGAAAACGCAUUUAGUUGAACUUUAGCCAUAAUGAUACCCAGUUUGCAGAAUAAAGUUGUUGCUCAUGAAUAUUCUCGGCUUGUUACAACUUCCUUGCAGUGGAUAUUAGAUGAGCCAAUAAAAUAUCCUAUAUAGUG